CGGUCGAAGAUGUAAUGGCAGCUGAAGGUGUACCACGGGAAACAGCCCCGGUGGAAAAUGUAAUGGAAGAAGACACAUCGUGCCAGGAUCCCUCUUUCGCGUGGAAAUGCGAUGCCACGACGCAAUGCAAGUUCUUGAAAUCCAUGGAUGGAAGAGAGCGACUGAAAUCCUACAACUUGCAGAUGAGUCCUUUCUGAAAGUCGAUAAGAAGAUGGAGAACGACGAUCCUUACAGAUUUGCUUUUGCCACUAACCAAAAUCUCGCAGGCGAGAUUUUCUACAAAAAGGGAAGUGUACAGGAAGCACUCCGAAAUUUUCAUUCCUCACUUGUUUUGAUGGAAGUACUCGUCGGAAAUCAUACAAGUACCACAAAAUGUUUAAAUGCGAUAUGAAACUGCCACAAUACGCUUAGAAACUUUAAAGAUGCGAUGACCUUUUGCACAAAAGUUUCGAAAUGCGAAAAGCUCUUUCAGAUUCAAAGAACCAUUUGGAUUUGUCAUUUUUCAAGGGCAAGAUAGGUACGGUUUAUGAAAUGCAAAAAGAAAAUGGCAAGGCUAUUCUGUGUUAUCAAGAAGCUCUGGAGCUUUCUAAGCAACUGAAGCAUCGCCAACGCUCACGCAUGGAAAAGAGAAUUUGAGAAAGCCUACAAGUCAGCAAUGGAUACAUAUUAGAUAAGACAAGACAUAUUAGGUGACCAUCCCGACAGGGCGGGGAGUGCAUUUCAGGUGGGAGAAAUCUGCAGAAGCUUAGAUCAGUCGGAAGAAGCCGAAGAAUUCUUAGACGUGGCAUGGAGAAUUGAGAAAUCUUUAGAAAUGGGCAACACAGCGAAGUGAGGGAUCGGAUUGUAAAAAGUUACGAAAGCUUCCUCACUGGUGACAGGCCAAACGAGUUCCGGGAAGAGGCCUUGGAAUUUUAUGUAAGAUUGUGGCAAGAAGACAAAGAAUUUACCUACGUCAAGAAGAGUAUCAUCGAUCAGAUCAUCGAGACAAAAAAAUGAGGAGCAAAUACCGGAAGGAGGCUCUGGAGUUUUAUGUAAUGGCCUGGAAUUCGCCAGAUCUUCAACAACUCCCACGAAUCCAGCGUAAAGAUAUCUUGCAGAAUAUAUUGUACUUAAGUAAAGUGCUUCGUGAGAAAGAACUGUACAAGAAAUUCCAAGGCGAGCAAUUUCGAUUCUUUGAAAUGCAAUGGGAAUGGAGAACUGUCAUGACUGCUCAAGACGUAAAACAUAUUCUUCGUACUCUUUAAGGCUUAGCCACACAACUGGGUGACGUAGGAAAGAGCGAGAAAUACAAGAAACUCUAUGAGGUUAUAAAUGGCGAUUAUUUAAGAAGCGAAUAAAGAUGAAUGUCAGCCAUUUUUCCAACAAGUGACCUUUAAGAUAGCAAAGGAAUACAUGAGAGGGGAAAGUUCACAGCAGUUUAUGCAGAUUGUUCCAGGUGCAGGAUCAGCGGCGGAGCCAGGUAGCAGCUCAAGCGGUGGUGACCAACCUGGUGUAGUUCCUGCAAAGUCUCGUAAAGAAGAGAAGCAUUCAAUUCGGAUAGAAAACACAACUUCUGUGUCCCAGGAAAAGAGCGAGAACAUGCUUGUUGUAGAGAAGCCAAUGGCUUUAAGCGCUGUUGAAGAAUCAUGCUCUGACACCCAAAUACUUACGAAACAGGACGAGCAAGAAACAGCUGAGGGUGAUUUAUCCGAGGAAAAAGAUCUUUCCACAAUACAAGGCGACGUCCCUGACAACCGUAUAGGCAUUCAGCUAAGGAAGAAUAUCAACAGAGCAUCCGAGAUCAUUACAAGCAAAGGUGGCGAGGUCACAGCAAAUGAUGUCCAACUCGUAUGCUCCCCCGGAGCUGUUGACAAUCCUGUGUCUGUGGAGAUAACUCUGGAGGAUCCAGUAACGUACUAUGGCUUUGUAGUGCAAAGAGGGCUCGAAAAUGACAUCGCGUUUGGCGCACCGGUAAUCAAUCUCUUGCCGCACGGUUAUUUUUUUAAGAAACCCAUAGCACUUACAUCCAGGGUUAAGAUCGAUCAAAGAGGUUCAAAUUAUCGUGAUGUCCUAGUAUUACAUGGAACCGAGGCCAAAGACGGAACGAUUUCCUGGAGGGACAUUACCAAAACCGCCACCAUUAAUGUCUCCAAAGGUGAGGUCAUCGUUAAACUCGACCGAUUCUCCAAAGUUGCUUAUCUACUGACACUGACUUGGAUAAAAGCCAAAGAGAUUGUAUCACGACUCAAUCUGAUGCCAUUCAAGUAUUCGGUAUCAGCUUUCUUCAAAAAGAGCCCUUCAGAGCUUGCCUUGGCAUUCAUGAGUGAGGACAUUUUCCACGAGCCAUACUACAAAGAGCACCAUGCCUCUGUCUUCGCGCAAAUGAGAAAUGAGGGAUUCGAACUGCUCAGUAUGCGUUCCAGUGGCGAGCAUUCAGAGAGGAGUAUCUAUAACAGUGAAUGUCUUCAAGUCUCUGUUGAUCUCGAGGAGGACUACCAGGUGGUUGGCGAGCAGGCGAAUCUUGUUAUUGUAGAUUCUCCUGUCUGGUGGAGUACUGGCGAAAUAAUCAAACUCCCUCUGCACGCAAUCAAUGAUGUCGGGAUACUAUGCGGAAGAAUCAAAGUACAGGGCCAGUAUGGGCACUCCAGAGAAAGCCAUUUUUCCGAACAAGAUCCACUUGGCUACGUCAGACGGUUGUUGGGGGUCGAGGGAGAAGUGUUCAACCUCAUUCCCUUUCUGGUGCAAAAGAUUCAGAUGUCUGACGUCGAUGAUGUUUGUAAGGACGUCGUCAAGCACUGGCAAGAUGAUGAUGUCCAAUUAAAGAUACUCUUGCAGCCCUGGAUUGGGGCUGGCUCAGCUAAUACUAUGGAUAAUUUGAAAAGACUUCUAUCGGACUUAAAGGAAGAAGACUAUAAAGUGACAAAAAGAGGCCAAAUGCAUAUUAGAAACUUAAGAGAGCUUGCAGUGAAGAUCACGGGAUUAAAAGUCCCCCAUGGUGAUUUAAAGAAGUUUUUCAUCGAAAAAAUUCAAAUUCUUUGCCAAGCAGUGAUGAGAGAUUGUUGCAUUCAAGUAGAGAAUUCAAGUGAAGAUAUCGAUAGAGCCUCGUCAUCCGGUGACUAUGCAAAGCAUCUUGAACUUCGAAAAAAGAUUUCCAAAAGAACAGCUGCAAAGUACCAAGGAUUGAUCUCAUCCAAAGAUGAAUCAGUUAUGACAACGUUUUUAGAAAUCGUUCCUGAUCUCAUUCAAGGCGUGAAAGCCAUGUUUGGCGCGCAGAAAAUUCCCCCUGCGUUCAAUGGUCUGAGAGGAAUAGAUGAGAGAACACUGGGGCCAAUGGCAUCCAAGGUUCGAGAAUCUCAGGAAAACAACAAGAUCAAGAAGCUUAUUUGUCAUAUUUGCGAGAUUGUGGAAAAGCUAUGCGAACUAAACUGUAACAGCAACAACCCGCCUGAGCAUGUACGAAAGUUGGGCCAAAGUCUAGCGAUUCUACCUAUGCUGGACAUUUUACAGUUAUUUUUCUUAAAAUGUCCAGAGGAAAUCCGGCUGCUCAAGAGGUUGGAAUUGCUUUCGGUUUGCAUAAGAGACAUAAUUUCCGAUGAAAUAGAAGUCAACGAGGCGACUAUGCGCGACUUUUUCGACCUGUCCGUUAGUCUGAUACAGUUCGCAAAAUUUGAUCCAGCCAGAAUGGUGAGGUUUGAGCUGAGUGACUCGAACAAACCCUCCGUGCCGUGCCAAAAGGGAGGGCUAACGUACGAAACGGACAGUGACACCUUCUAUCAGGAAUUCGUCGUUGAAAACGAAAUUGAGCAAGAUCUGCUGCUCAAUGCAGUCGCAGUCAUCAAUGUGGAAGGCAGAACUCACAAAAUAGGUACCGGUGCUUUCAAGUCAACUAUCAUACUUCCGGCAUCUGAGGAGGAAGCUUUCGACGAAUGCUGCACCUCAUUUGGUUCAACUGUCAGCGUGAGGAAGCUGAAGGAUCAGAACUCCUCCAACUUUAGAGUGGUUCUUUGUUCAACAGUGAAGGAGAUCUUAUCACGGGUGCUCGUUGCGCUCAAGCGAAACCUAAAGGAUGAGGUGGAUUGGAAAGGGUCAGAGGUUGCCGCCUGUAAACUCACGAUAAGCACCCGUGCCAUAGAACCUCCAAAAACGAGUGCUAAACUUCGCCUGGUUUACAAAUGGAAAUCAGCGGCACUUCGUCUUGAAAGUCAAGACUUUAUCGCUGAUACUGACUUAAAUACCGACAACAAUUGGGGAGUGGGUGAUUCGUUGGAUGGAGAUGCAGCUCAUGUAUUAUCGCCAAUUGCUGAUGGCAAUUUCCUGAAUGACUUUGCGAAACAGCGGUCGCAGACACAAGUUCCUUCGCAAUUCCACAUAGAGUAUCAUCAACACGUUCAUCAUGUACAAAAUAUCCAAGACGUAAAUGUUAACUCUGAGUACUGCGCAGUCGGAGACCAUUCUUCCUUUUCCAUUCAGGAACCAUCAACCAGCCCAAGAGCCCUUCCACCAGGUCCGAGUAUAGCUACACAGAGAAGCAUAACUGACGGCUCGCAGAACAGAGACACAAACUCUUCUGGAGAAUAAAAAAUACCCGCUGUUGGAAAGAAAUCUCAGUUUGGAAUUCAUUUCACAUGUUAUUACGAUAAAUAACGCUUUAAUUCACUCUCUGUAUCUCUGCGACUUAAAACUUACUGAUUUUAAGGUGGCAAAAUUUUGAAUGCUCGGACAUCAUUAUUCACUGCUAAAAUUUUAUUUAACUGUAUCCGUAAAUGAAUGUUCUUGUUUUGUUUGUUUGUUUGUUUGUUUGUUUUUAAGUGGAAGAGAAUUUUAUUCCCCAGUCUCUUCUUCUUGUCGAAUCAUGUAAAAAACUACUCACGAUUGACUUUUUUUACAGCAUUUUAGAGGACGACUUUAAGGUUUUGAAAGCAGGAAAAAAUUGCGAAAACUUGUGGACUCCACUCAGUUUUUUAAACACAUUUUAGAAAUCUUCUGUUAAGCAAGUAGAAAACUGCAAUAAAAAAAUCCGAUGCGAGUGAUGAUC